AUGGUGGGCCAUAAAGCCCAUGAGACUCUUACGCUAGCACUGACAAUUGAAGGUGGUCACCUCAAGCCAGACUCAUAUAACGCGAUUUCUGCGUACGCGUCUGAGUAUGGGAUAGAAGCCGCCGCAGAGGUUGCAUCCUUCGAGGCUGCAAAUGUUGAAGAUGCGGUCGACGUGCAACUCUCCACUGGCCAUCAGCGUCGCAUCAAGGAAGGCUAUGAUAAGCUUAUUGCUGCUGGACUCGAAAGGACCAAGGAUACGCUCAGCGUUAAGGAGAAGGAUGCAGAAAUGGUCAUUCUUUAUGUUUUCGAGACUCAAGAUGCCACUGGUCAAUAUAUCUUACGUACCAGCAGCGGCGAAGUCAGAGCGCGAAAGGUUGUUUUCGCAACAAAUGCCUACACAAGUUCUCUGCUUCCCGAAUACAAAAGCAAGAUCAUUCCGUAUCGCGCCGUAUGCAGUCGGAUCAAAACCCCGGGGCCACAUCCUCUGCUCACUAAUACCUACGCGCUUCGAUUCUCAGACUGGAACUUUGACUACUUGAUCCCUCGGCUAGAUGGAAGUAUCAUAGUUGGCGGAGCACGAGAUGCGUAUAUCAGAUUAGUUGACUCAUGGUAUGGCAACGUUGAUGACACUCAAGUCAUUGAUGAGGCGCGAUCCUACUUCGAUGGCUACAUGCAGAGGCAUUUCCAUGGAUGGGAGGAUAGUGGGGCGUAUGUUGACGACAUUUGGACUGGAAUCAUGGGGUAUUCUUCCCACCGGCUCCCUCGAGUAGGGCCUAUACCCGGCCGACCAGACAUGUUUAUCAUGGGAGGCUUCACUGGCCAUGGUAUGCCGCAAAUCUACCUGUGCGGACAAGCUAUGGCCAAGUUUCUCCUCACAGGCGCUUCAUUCAAAGGGACUGGUUUGCCCCGAUUAUUUGAAGAAACGCAGGCCCGCUUAGAAGACCCGAGAGACAGAGUGCUGGAGUUGUAUGGUUCGGUUCUCAGUCCUUCAAAACUAUAA